GGCUACAGCGCGGACGGUCAUUCUGUCGGGUCUGGGUUGGGUUUGGUUCGAUUUCUUCAAACGUCUGCUCCUCUCUGUACGACGACCACUCCUCACCGUCGUCGAUAAAUUCGCGCGCCGACCGUUUUCCCGUUGUUAUAUAAAGCGUCGCUAGCUCACGGUUCCGAUCGCCCAGUCACCAAAAGUAGACUCCCAAUGCAACAUUAUAACCUAAUGGCGCAUUGUUAUUUCGCACAACUUUGCACGUUUUAGCCACAUAGCACAACGCGAGACAGCGUUUCCUGAAACAGGCUGCCGUAUAAGGAGACGUUAUCGUAUUUCGUUCGUUCUGCGAUAUAGGACAGUGCCACCUCAGCGAUUAAACAGGGCUCCGAUCUGCGUGAAGCCUAAGUCGAUAGUAAAAGGCAGAAGGCAAUAUGAAGCCACUUGUACUACGAACCCAUGUGGUUGCCAUAGCAAUCUUUUUGCCAUUGGGAACGUUUGCGGACGAACUGUUACAACCAGCCGUAGGAAGCGCUAGGACACCAGCCAAGGAAGCGGAGUGCGUGGCAAACAUGACCCGCCUACUGGAGAUCUUCAAAGAGGAAUUUCCACGACAGGUCCCUGAUGUGAUUGACAUUAAGGGCACCGGCCGUAAGCCCGGUAAAAGUGCCAUGUUGCUCACAGGAUUCCAGGACGCCCAACUCGUCACACCACAGAAACUCGAGUGUAGCAACGAGACAACAGUCUCUUUCGUGGUGCCGAUUGAAGGUCGUGCUGCCGUCUACCUUGGACCUGCUGUCCGGCCUGACGUUGCCCGAACCUACUUCAAGGCAACAGUCAAGUUAGCGGGUACGUUCAACUUAUUGAAGGGGCCAUCGCUCGAAAAAAUUGAGGUGACAAAGACGGCUCUUGACACUGUACAACUACUUGACUCGGCAAGCAGCGGCGUCAGGGACAUUAAUCAGCCCGCUCAACAGUUCGUCGCUCGAGUAUGCUCGACAUUGCUCAAGCGUGCUUUAGCGAAGGAGGUACCUGCGAUCACCAAGAGCGGCAUCGCGAAAUCCUUAGCUGAUUUGCAGCAGACGUUUAUCAAUUCAUCGGUUGCUGCAUUAGAGAAGCGAGGUGUGCAGAUCUAUAAGCUUCUCGAGAGUAUGCUGAAAACCAACAAAGAGUCCUCGACAGCUAGCAAAGGCUCCGCCAAGGAUAAGGCGGAAGCCGAUAGGCCGAUCACUACCCAGGAUCUGAUCACUCGAAGGAGAACGGCUACGCCUUAGAAAUCAAAAAGUCGUCAGCGGUAUGGAAUAGUAGUUAUCUCUGUCGGUCGACGUUUGUUUCGGUGACCAGGCCAUAUCCUCGAGUGCAAGGGAAUCGCAUCGAAUACAAGAACUCAUUUUGUAAAACGCUGUUUUCAAAGACAACCAAAAAUUGUCUUACUGGUGUUAAAAUGACUUUGGUGUUUGGCCGAUUAUCAGACAAUUUGUUCGACCUGUUCAUAUGAUUAAGACCUUUGUAAUACAGGCCAAUUGUAUUCAAAGCAGAGCCCUAUUUUUUGGCGGACUCUUUUUAUCCGAACCAAUCAAUCGGAAUGAGAAUUUUUGAUGGGUAGAGCGAGUUCUAGCAUUUAGCUAGGCGUAGAUUAAGUGCUAUUUAAAUUCUGAUAUAUGCCUGUAUUGGAGAAUACACUAUUUAUUCUGGAAGAACAUAGAAUGUUGUUGUUUUUUUAUUCCAAGUUAUUCCAAAUAUGUAUAAAAAAGCCUUACUUUUUAAUGCUGGUACCAUCAACCAAUCCGUAUCCAUUGUUCACUACUCGUGUUUACGCCACAGUAUGAGAUACAAAAGAGAAGCUGAUCGGCUAGCGAGCAUAUUAUUUAUUAAAAACUAAAAGUGCGAAACGUUCAAGCAAAAAUACCAUUUUCGAGAAAACAAACUGAAAAGCCAUGUUUUGUCCAAUUAGCACCAAGCAUUAUGGAAUUAGAGAAUUUUCCUAAACUGAUUUUAAUACAAGCUGGUUUUCGACUAGCAGCCGAGAAGUUCCUGUAUAAUCGUGUAUAUCUAAAUGUCCUCAUUAGUUUUAUUGGAGAGAAGGUUGUAACUAGAAACGAGUACCAACCGAACACAAGAAUCAAAACUAUGCACAAAUGGUUGGCUUAUACGUUGAAAGUCGAAAGCUAUUUAGUAUUUCUUUUAAUCAGAUCCUCCAUAUGCCUUAAUAUUCGACACCA